AUGUCAAAGACUUUAGAACUUCCUUGGGUUGAAAAAUAUCGUCCUCAUGUGUUAAAUGAUAUAGUUGGAAAUGAAGAAACAAUUGAAAGACUAAAAGUAAUUGUUAAAGAUGGAAAUAUGCCAAAUAUGAUUAUAAGUGGAUUACCAGGUAUUGGUAAAACAACAUCAAUACAUUGUUUAGCUUAUGAAUUAUUGGGGAAAGAAUAUUAUCAUCAAGCAACUUUAGAAUUAAAUGCUUCAGAUGAUAGAGGUAUUGAUGUUGUAAGAAAUAAAAUAAAACAAUUUGCACAAACUAAAAUUUCUUUACCACCAGGAAGAACUAAAAUUAUUAUAUUAGAUGAAGCAGAUUCUAUGACUCCAGGAGCUCAACAAGCUUUAAGAAGAACUAUGGAAAUUUAUUCAAAUACAACGAGAUUUGCAUUUGCUUGUAAUCAAUCACUGAAAAUCAUUGAACCUUUACAAUCACGUUGUGCUAUAUUAAGAUAUAAUAAAUUAUCAGAUGAAGAAGUAUUGGCAAGAUUAUUAGAAAUUAUUAAAUUAGAAAAUGUUCAAUAUAAUAAUGAAGGUUUACAAGCUAUAAUUUUUAGUGCAGAAGGUGAUAUGAGACAAGCUAUAAAUAAUUUACAAAGUACAGUUGCAGGGUUUGGAUUUGUAAAUGAUAUCAAUGUUUUCAAAAUAGUUGAUCAACCACAUCCUUUAGUAAUACAAAAAAUAUUAACAAAUUGUUUAAAAAAAGAUAUAAAUGAAGCUAUAAAUUUACUAGAUGGUCUUUGGCAUAAAGGUUAUUCAGCAAUAGAUAUUGUUACAUCAUCUUUUAAAGUUGCUAAAACUAUACCUAAUGUUGAUGAACUGAAAAGAUUGGAAAUGAUUAAAGAAAUUGGAUUUGCUCAUAUGAGAGUAUUAGAAGGAGUUGCUAGUUAUCUACAGUUGUGUGGUUUAUUUGCUAAAAUUAGUGAUCUUUAA